AUGGGUGAGAAUGGAGACACCAGCAUCUUCAGCGUUUCCUACACCAGCUUGCUCCUGGUGGGCUUCCCUGGACUGCAGGUGCGGCCCCUCCUGGUCCUGCCGCUGACCCUGCUCUACGUGUCCAUCAUUUCUGCCAAGGCCCUGGUCAUCCACACGGUGGCGGCCCAGCGGAGCCCGCACCAGCCCAUGCACCUGCUCAUCGCCCUGCUCCGCGUCAACGUCUGCGCCGCCACCGCCGUGCUGCCCGCCGUGCUGCCCGCCGUGCUGCUCAGCUUCUCCACACGCUUCAACCGCAUCUCGCUCCGCGGCUGCCUGGCGCAGAUGCUCUGCGUCUACUUCACCCUCCUGCUGGACUACAGUCUCUUGCUGGCCUUGGCUCUGGAUCGCUACGUGGCCAUUUGCCACCCACUCCGCUACCCUGACCUGAUGACCUCGUGCUCACCGGGCCUGAUGGCCACUGUCGCCCUGACGCGGAGCCUAGGAGUGGCGGUGCCCUUAGUGGUGUUACCUGCAAAGGCUCGAUUCUGCAGGGCACGUGAGAUCCGACACUUGAGCCGUGAGUGCAUCGCACUGCUGAGCAUAGCCUGUGGGGACCUGACCGCCAACCGGUUGGGAUUGGCUAUGCGGCUGGUCACCGUGACCUUUGACCUGGCCUUGCUGGGAACAUCCUACACCCGCAUCGUCUACGCUGCCUUCCGGAUCUCUUCCGGCGGAGCCCGGGCGAAGGCCCUGCACACCUGUGGCUCCCACGCACUGGUCAUCCUCACCAGCUACCUUUCUGGUCUUUCCACUUCCAUAGUCUUCCGGGUGGCCAAGACUGUGUCUCAAGAUGUCCAGAACCUACUCAGUGCUAUAUACCUGCUGCUCCCAGGGGCCUUGAAUCCUCUCAUUUACGGGGUGAGAACUAAGGAGAUCCGGCAACACAUAGAAAAAAUGUUCUGUGGAACGGCGUCACCCCAAGGCAUCCGAGAGAAGUCACAGAACGUGAGAGGGGAGAGGGAGUUGCCAGGGUAA